GUGGCUCGGUUUCACACUUUGAAACUUUAGCAUUUCAAAAAUGAAGAUCUUCACAGUAUUCUUAACUCUUUCUGCUCUAUUUCUAGUUGGCUCCGCUCAACAGCUUCAGCCCUUGAGCUCAUUCAAGGGAAUGAGUGUGCACAAUGAGUUUAGCGAUUUUAAAGUUUACCCGCCGUAUAAUAUUUAUGUGUCAGCUCAUUCGGAUGCUACAUCUGCUUUACAGCAGAUUUCUGUGGUCACUGAAAGUGGCACGAAGACACUCUUUGAGCUCAAGCAAAAUCUCCAAGCUUCUGGAGAAAUCACAGGGUACCCAGUUUUAAAACCUGCCUAUCUUACGACAACACUGAGCGAUAAUGACUUGAAAAGACUAAAUGGAGUGAUUUAUAUCAGCUCAUCAAAGCAAUAUGCAGACAACACCUUUCACGUUUACGGAGUGUCUAAAUCUCAAAACAUCAACCUGCAAGCACUAGGAAAAGUUGACACCACAAUAUUGUUCCUCAACACCAAUAUGGGAACAAACCCAUAUAAAUCUACAAUCAUCAGUCAAUGGAAACAAGACUCUACUGCUCUGGCAUAUCUGUACGCUGGUUUUCCACAGGAUACCGCUGAAGGAAAGAACACUCAAAUCUUCUCGAACCCGAUGCAUACUGACAAAGCCGAUUUGUACUUUGCCAAUGUGGAAAAGUUCUCGUUGACCUUGGUAGCAUUCUAUCUGAAAACUUAUAGAGGUGUCAAUUUUAGAAUCGAACCAGGAUAUUCUAGCAUCGAUUCAAGCACCACAACAGACGUUACCACAACUGGUUUUUAUAUGAAGCCCCUGGAGAAAGACGAUAGCACCAUUACUGUGAAUAUCAAGAGAGACACUAGAUUUUCUGGAGCUUCUGGCGCUAAUGUCAUCGGGAAUCUCACGACUGGAGGAAUGGUCACUGUAGGCUUCUAUGAAGGAGCGUCAAAGUAUGAAGAUUCGGCAGCACCAAAUCCAUUUUGCUCUCCAUGGAGCAUUCCAUACAUUUUGCAGAACAUGAAGAUUUGGUCUACGUCUUCAAACCCAAAGAAUGGACAGUACUUCGUGCAGUACUUUAUUGCCCAAGGUGCAAUUGGUAGUGGUACAACUUCGAGACCGGGGCAGACAACAACUAGAUCGUCUGGAACAGUCCAAUUUUUUGUUUCAGUGGCUUCUUUGAUGAUUUUAUGGCUGUAAUUUUUUAUUUUUUAUGCUGGUAUUUAAUGAAACGGUGCUUUAU